AACUUGACAAUUGGCACUAGAGAAAUGUAGUACAAUCAUUAGUAGGACUUUAAUUUUCCAGUUUAUUUAUUUGUAGUAUGAAUAUAUCUCUGUCGGACAAAAGAAUGGAGACAUAUGGAGGAGGCAGCCGGUGGAGGGAACAAAAAAGAAAGGUGUUUGAUUGGGAAUUGGACAUAAAUAAUAUGGCACAAGACAUACAAUUUCUUCUCAAAGGCAUGGUGAGUAUAGUAGGAAGUAAAGGCAAUAUAGCUCUUCUUCAAUUUGUACUGUUGUUAAAGAGCUUGAAGAUUCAAAAUAAAUUUAUGACCCUCGUUCUCAGGGUUCUCAACAAGGAAUAUGUUUCUGAACAAGAAAAAGGUGAAGCAUUGAGUAAGAUUUGGGAUUUGAAGAUGGAACAUAUGGAACUGAUUACAAAUGCACGUGCUGAUUUGAACAAGAGAACAAAUUGUGGGACUGAUGAAUUGUCAAUAAAGAUGGAGAAUGACAAACGGAACAAAAAGCAGAGGAAGAUAGAGAAAUUAGCCGAGGAUGAUGAAAACAACAACAUUAUUGAUAAUGGAAAGCAGCUGGUUCUGUUGCAACAGGAAUUGGAGAAGAUUAACCAAGAGGCUAGCGGUGAGUUGUUGAAAGUUGCACAAAAGUACAAUAGGAUCCGCCAACCCAUCUAUGAGAAGAGAAGAGAUAUUAUUAAAGAUAUUCCUGGCUUCUGGUCGACAGCUUUCCUCAAGCAUCAUGUACUUGGUGGGCUUGUAUGUACUGAACAGGACCGCAAGAUUUUUGAGUUUCUAAGCUCAAUCAACGUGGAACUCUCUCAAGAUGUCAAAUCAGGUUAUACCAUUAUCUUCAAUUUUGAUUCAAAUGAAUAUUUUGAGAAUACCAAGCUUUGGAAGAAGUAUGGGCGUACUAAAACUACUGCAUCGUCAAUACAAUGGGCACAAGGCAAGGGAGUUGAUGAACUAAGCUUCUUUAAUUGGUACAGUGAAGUUGAUAAAAGGGAUGAAAUCGGUGAGAUGAUCAAGGAUGAAUUGUGGUCCGAUCCUCUCAUUUGUUUUCAUCAUGAUGCAGACGAAGAAAGUGUUGAUGAUGUGGCAGUGAAGAACAAUGAAGAUGAGGUAGUGAAGGACACUGAAGAUGAAGAACAAAAUGACGAUAAUGAUUAGGCUUAAGGUUGGGUCCUUGUUAUUCACAUGCCUUACAAAUGGUUUUGCACUAUUAACAAACUUUACAGUGUAAUGGAAGAAUAUGUAUUCAGCAGGGGCACUCCAUAAAUUUAGUUUCUUUAGAAUUUAUUUGAGAAUGUUUGCAGACUGGUUAUCCUUCUUAAAGCACCUGCCUAGCUUUCGCAGAACAUUUCAUUC